CAAAUCCAGUAGCAUGACAGCUCAAUUACCUCGCUUUCAGUCAUCUGAAGUAGUUGAAGAAGCACUAUCGAACUCCUCACUGGAUAACGCACGGUCGUCUUCUUUGCCUCCCAGCUCCAGCCCUCCCCAGAUUUUUUCUUCGUCCCCGCUCGCAUCGUCUCAGUCGUCUCUCGAUGAAAUUGGAGAUGAUUACAAAGCUGAAGACAGGGUUAAAACAACAGAACCAGACGAUCAGGAUCUGACCAAUUCUCCGGAUGGAGUUCACCCAUAUACCUUGGAAGAGGCUUAUAACAAUCGCGAUGACACUGACGCAUAUCAACAGCGAGAAACGCAUGAGCCCGACGAACUCUCCAUUCAGGGGGGAAUCCCAAAAACGAACGAGAGCGCUUACGACAAGAAGGAAGUCAGCCCGUUGCCGCAAAAGCGACCCUGGCCGGAAGAAGAGAUCAGUGCCCUUCUCCUGCAUGCCAAGGACGUACCACCAAGCCUGGAAGAGACACGGUCGACCAAACGCGUGAAAACACACGAUGACCAAGUGUAUCUGCCACCAGCUCCAAAGCGCGCUACCUUGGCGUCUCAGAAGCAGCAGUUCAAGAAACUCAUUGCUCCAUUUCGUUCACCUUUGAUGCCGAGCAACGAUGAAGAUGUUCCAUCAGAGGAUCUUUCCAAGUUUAAGAGUCCUUUGUCGGUUCUUCUGGCACCACCACCAGCUCCAAAAAUGCCUAUCACACCUCAGAAACCUCAUCCACAGCAUGCCCACGCAGCCCCGUUCGUUACACCAGCUAAGACUAGAGUUCGCACUCUCAAAGCGGCGUCACAAUUCAAAUCUCCGUUAAGCUCCUCUGCUUCAGCAUCGUCCGGAAGAGGAUUGUCCAUUCAACUUACGCCUACAGUCCAGUCCCUAGAACGCAAAUUACAACUUCUUAAACGCGCGGUCAAAGUGAAAGAGAAUGAUGAGGAAAAGACACUCGUCGGGCUAAUCAAGAAAUGGACAGAGGCAGGGAGGGAAGUCGCGUAUGAGCUUUGGGAUUCGGUGAAAGAUGCUGCGAACAAGGGGGACGGGGGUUGGGUUGGAGGCGCAAGCAAGGGCAAUAUGGCGCGGGACUCAAAUUGGGGUUGGGACUCCCCUGGCAUCAAACGCGAAGGCUAUCCGGAGAACGAGAUGAAUACUGCUACAGAGAAUCCCUUGGACGAAGGCUACUCCAACAAGACCCUCUCAGAAGAUGAAGAGCAAGUACGGAACACCAUGGGUACGAUGCUCCGACAGCUUGGAAUUGCAACAGAGACAUUUGGAUGGGAUGAAGAUGUAGAGGUUUUCGUUGACUAAAGCUGAUUUCCAUUCCAGUUUGUACAUUUCUACACAU